GGGGCAGAGAGACAAGCGGAGAGCUGCUGCCUGGCCUCGCCUCCCGGGCGCCCCAGCGAGCUUGGGCGCGUGAACACGCCUGCGCGCGCCCGGGCCCUUCCUGGCAGGCUGCUUGUAAGAUGAGUGAAGAAGCAGGUGGGGGAGAGGGGAGGCAGCCAGCGAGAAAGCGAGGGGAGCGCGGGCGCUGAGCGGCGCUCACUUGGAGAGCGGCGAGCGAGCGAGACGAGCCUGAUCCAUGUCCCUCGCUGCCUCCCUGCCAGGCGCGCGAAGAUGAUGGCCAUGAACGCCAAGCAGCCUUUCGGCAUGCACCCGGUGCUUCAAGAACCCAAAUUCUCCAGCCUGCACUCCGGCUCCGAGGCCAUGCGCCGAGUAUGUCUCCCAGCCCCGCAGCUGCAGGGUAAUAUAUUUGGAAGCUUUGAUGAGAGCCUGCUGGCACGCGCCGAAGCUCUGGCGGCGGUGGAUAUCGUCUCCCACGGCAAGAACCAUCCGUUCAAGCCCGACGCCACCUACCAUACCAUGAGCAGCGUGCCCUGCACGUCCACUUCGUCCACCGUGCCCAUCUCCCACCCGGCCGCGCUCACCUCGCACCCGCACCACGCCGUGCACCAGGGCCUCGAGGGCGACCUGCUAGAGCACAUCUCGCCCACGCUGAGCGUAAGCGGCUUGGGUGCCCCCGAGCACUCUGUGAUGCCAGCGCAAAUCCACCCGCACCACCUGGGCGCCAUGGGCCAUCUGCACCAGGCCAUGGGCAUGAGCCACCCACAUGCCGUGGCGCCGCACAGCGCCAUGCCUGCAUGCCUCAGCGACGUGGAGUCGGACCCGCGAGAGCUUGAGGCCUUUGCCGAGCGCUUCAAGCAGCGGCGCAUCAAGUUGGGGGUGACCCAGGCGGACGUGGGCGCGGCUCUAGCCAACCUCAAGAUCCCCGGCGUCGGCUCGCUCAGCCAGAGCACCAUCUGCAGGUUCGAGUCUCUCACUCUAUCUCACAACAACAUGAUUGCACUCAAGCCAGUGCUCCAAGCUUGGCUGGAAGAAGCCGAGGCCGCCUAUCGAGAGAAAAACAGCAAGCCGGAGCUCUUCAACGGCAGUGAACGGAAGCGCAAACGCACGUCCAUCGCGGCACCAGAGAAGCGCUCGCUAGAGGCCUACUUCGCUAUCCAGCCGCGGCCCUCAUCUGAGAAGAUCGCAGCCAUUGCUGAGAAACUGGACCUUAAAAAGAACGUGGUGAGGGUCUGGUUCUGCAACCAGAGACAGAAACAGAAACGAAUGAAAUACUCGGCUGUCCACUGACUGCUGCCGGGCACGGUGUUCGGGGCCGGGAGAGCUGAGUGUACGUCCCUCCAGAGUGGGGGAACAGUUCUGGGGGCUCCUAGCAGGUCAGGUUCUCUCCCCUGAAGCCACAAACUUUCCCCUUUUAUCCCACCUGGUUGCUUCCCGGCCUUCUCUUUCCCUUCUUUCCGUUGUAUUUUUUCCACCAGAAAAGUUUGGGCGCUAAGAAAAAAAUUCAUAAAGGGCAGGCCUGGAGGGAUUCGUGCUGUCCGUGGUGCUGAAAAUUGCCCUCGCGCGCUGGACUGCGCGACCUCAGGGCGGGAGCCCAAACACAGGGGAUAGUCAACUGACCCGACCGCCUGACUCCGGGGUAAAGGCGUCACUUUGCUAAGCACGAUCAGAUGAGGCAGUGAAAGGAUGGGAAGGAAGAGAUAAGUAGUAAUACAAAGUCUAACUGGGGCACAAACAUGCACUAGAGAUUUAUUCAGAGUAUAUAAGAUACAUAGAAAGUGUAUGUUUCCAAAGGAUAGCCUUAUUCUCCCUUCCCGCCUAAAUUUUAUCCAUCUCAUCCUUUGGUUUUCCGUAAGUUUUUCUAAGGUUAGCAUGGAUUAGAUUCAGGGAAAAUAUGCAGGGAGGUUCGG